CCUCCGCCUAGCCUGGCUGGUAUUUUUUUUGUGUAGAAUCUAGGUCUGGCCACUUGCACUGCCUUGCACAGGUUGCACACCGGAUGUCGAUGAGUGGGUAGACUCUACAUACUAGUAGUAGUAGUAACUAAGUGUCGAGCACAGCAACCAAUUCCAGCAGAGACUCAGUCAUCAAUGAAGGUGGAGUAGGAUGUCCAUCAACAUGAAGGAAGGACUUAGGUACGGAGGGGUUUGUGAGAUUCUCGAAGGUUGGAGAUCAACCAUUACCACUCGCUGCGGGUGAUCCGUAGCGCCCUAUGUGUCCCUGUACCGGACCAGCAAGUACGGUUGGUUCGAUGGACAAAGCUGCAUUUUAGGAUUACAUUAGACUCAGCCUUUUGUUGAUUUGGAAAAUGAUAACCGGUAUGUAAGAUUGCUGCCUGCUGGUUGAUACACUCGAUAUUCCAGGAAUGGAUAACAUCGUAUCCCCUACCAGUGUCAGUGUUAGUUCUAUACACACUGGAACAACCUCUACCAGCAGCUCAACAGGACUGGAUGGCGAAACUGGAGCAGACGCAGGCGUGCUGGCCCAUGCUCUGACCAUUUUGAAUGACCUGUGUGAUCUUCGCAGCCGCUCCGAGCUGUGUGAUGUUGUCCUGGUCGCUAGCGACGACCGGACAGUGAGCGCGCAUCGCGCUGUCCUAGCCGCAGGGACGCCGUAUUUCCGCGCCAUGCUCACGGGUGGUCUCAAGGAGUCCGCCCAGAGCAAGAUAAGUUUGCCUGGUGUCGAUGGGGACACGUUGGAAAUGCUGGUGAACUUUCUCUACACUGGCCGAGUACAGGUAGACGAGACGAAUGUUCAGGUACUGCUGACAGCUGCUUCCCUACUGCAACUGAACAGUGUCAUGGAGAUCUGCGUCAAGUUCUUGCUAACACACAUAGACACUGCAAACUGUCUGGGUGUUGUGGCUCUCGGCAAGGUCCUGGCAUUGCCGACCCUUUACGAGGGCGCCAUGGAGUUUGCCGCUCGCAAUUUCUUCUCGAUCGUAUCGUCCGAGGACUACCUUCAGGUGCCUGUGGAAAUCCUGCGUGAGCUGCUGACGCGGGACGAGCUGGUGGUGCGGUCCGAGACGGACGUGUUUGACGCGUGCAUCCAGUGGUUAAGACACGAGUGGCCGCGGCACGCCAGGUUGGCGGCGGGAGUGCUGCACUGUGUGCGCUGGCCGUGCAUGCCGGCCACCAGCCUGGCGUGCCUGGACUGCGACGAGGAGCUGCAGUUCCUGCGCGAGCUGCCUGAGUGCGCCACGCUGCUGCAAUACGCCAAGUGGGGCGAGUGGAACGCCAUGGGACAGCGGCACAAGUCCUGGAGACGCCUGCGGCACUCCAUUGCCUGCCGCGGCAUCGUCUUUGCGAUCGGCGGGGAGACGAACCCCGGGCGAAACAUAAUCAGCGACGCGGAGAAGUUCGACUCGCAGGUGGGCAGCUGGGAGGCAGUGUCGCCGAUUACAAAGCCUCGCCGUGGCGCCGGUGCUGUUCUAGUCGGCAAUCUUCUGUACAUGGCGGGUGGGUCAGACGGCUUCAACGCGCUGUCAGAUAUCGUUUCCUACGAGCCUGAAACGAACGUAUGGAGUGAAGCGGGGGAGAUGCUCGAGAAGCGUAGCAGUGUUGGUGCUGUUGCCGCUGGCCACACUAUCUACUUCAUCGGCGGGUACGACGGGCAAACGACCUGUCUGAGUUCGGCAGAAUCGUACCACGUGCAGACACGACAGCAUAAGAUUCUUCCGCCGAUGACGUCACCACGCUCUAUGUGCACUGUCGCACUGCUCAACGACUGCAUCUAUGCCAUCGGGGGCUAUGAUGGAUCAGACGAUCUGCGUAGUGUCGAGCGCUACGAGAUGGAGCAGGGUCGCUGGGUGUCCGUCGCCCCUAUGCUAGAGAAAAGAUCCAUGGCUGCAUCCGCAGUGAUCUCGGACCGUCUGUUCGUUGUCGGUGGCAGUGCAGGCCUGGUUGUGUUCGCUUCGGCAGAGGUGUACGACCCCAACAUGGACAUGUGGACCAUGAUCGCUGACAUGAACCAUGCCCGCAGUGGCCUGGGCGUAGCGGUGAUCAGUGGCUCACUGUACGUGCUGGGAGGCUACAACGGCGUUGCCAAUCUCAGCAGCGUGGAGAGUUACGACGAUGACACACACGAGUGGGUGCUGCGGCCAUCCAUGCUAGUGGCACGCCGCCGCUUCAGCUGCUGCUGCCAAGUCACAUGACCUGAUCCAAGUGAUGAGCGACGAUUGAGCGUGCAUGCAUCCUCAGACGACUUGCAUGACUGCCUGAGGCCAUGUGAUUGAGAUAUUGCCAUACGGCAGGGCCAGGGCGCUCUGUUGGCAGGCCACGCGCAGCUGUGUGCCCAGUGCUAUAUUUAGCAUGUGAGAUAGGCUGCAAGCACUGGCGAAGUCGUGCACAUAUUUUGACUACCGGUAAAGGCAUGUUGUUCACUUCAACUACAUCUGCCCGCUUUAUUGAGCUAGGUGCACGUGUACUGCUGUGAGGAGAUUGGAGUGUUGCAUAUUGGUUGCUGCUCCGCCAUGUCUGGUUUCUUGCAACGCUGAAGUCUAUUGAUGCCUCUGGGAUAUUUCAAUUUUCCAUUCACCUUGAUGUGGGUUUCGUACUGUCGAUGUGUAACUCAACCACGAACAUGAUUGUAUUUAUACUUACAAAUGAGAGGAAACAAAUUUCAGAAUAGACAAGACAAUGGAUGAAGGCUGUUGUUACUUUGACGUACAAAUUUCAGACAGAAAUGCCAUAUUGCGUGUAUCUGAGAAAGAAUAAUGCAUAUAAUAUAAAUAACAACUGAGCACUGAGACAGCGAGAGUCUGUCUGAAGAGA